AUGGCAGCAGGAAGCUCUAACUUUUGUCCUUUAUCUUGUCCAAAGUGCGGUCAAGAAUGCCGCAUUACUAAUGAACAUUAUUUUCGGUGCGACAAAUCAAAGAAAGUAAAUAAUAGAACAGUUAGAUGCAAUUUCAAAAAAUCACUUUUUAAGAACACCUGGUUUGAUAACAGUAAGCUCGAUUUUGAGACUAACUUAAAAUUCGUCAAUUUGUAUGUAAGAGAGGCCUUUUCCUACGAAUCUGCACGGAGCGACUUUCAGUUUCCAAACAAGACUAUUUGUGAUUGGGCAAGCUUCUGUCGGGAGGUUUUAAUUUCUUGGUGUUUAGAUAAUGAGUCAGACCAGAUAGGAGGGCCAGGGGAAAUUGUUGAAAUUGAUGAGAGUAAAUUUGGUAAAAGAAAAUAUAACGUUGGUCGACUCAUAGAAGGUCAGUGGGUUUUUGGAGGAGUAUGCCGCAAAAGUAGGAAAUUCUUUUUCGUACCUGUGCAGACGCGUGACUCUCUUACUUUGCUUAAAGUCAUUAAAGAGCGUAUCCACCCAGGGACAACGGUCAUUAGUGAUUGUUGGAAGGCAUACAACUGUCUUGAAACAGAGGGCUAUCAACAUUUAACUGUGAAUCAUUCAUACAAUUUUGUUGACCCUGACACUAAGGCGCACACCAAUACGAUCGAGCGGAAAUGGAGGGAUGCAAAAGCCAAAGUGCCCCGCUUCGGCAGGAGGAGGUACCACUUUAUUGGGUAUUUGGCUAGGGCCAUCUUUAUGAUGGCCCACCCCGAAGAAAAUAAAAGAUUACAUCAGUUCCUCCUCGCCGCUGAUCGUCUGUACCCCCCACACUGA